CCCGCCGCUCCCAGUAUGGCGGCUCCAGGGGGCCGCUCCCCGCCGUUCCCAAUAUGGCACCGCAUCGCGCGCUCGAUUCUCGCGAGAUGUCGACAGUAUUUAUACCGCGCCGGCGGCACUUCCGCCCUUUCGGUCCGAGCAGCCGCAGCCAUGAGCAGCAAAGUGUCCCGAGACACCCUGUACGAGGCGGUGAAGGAGGUGCUGCACGGCAGCCGUGCCAAGAAACGCAAGUUUGUGGAGACGGUGGAGCUGCAGAUCAGCCUCAAGAACUAUGACCCGCAGAAGGACAAGCGGUUCUCCGGUACCGUCAGGUUGAAGUCGACGCCACGACCCAAAUUCUCUGUGUGCCUGCUGGGGGACCAGCAGCACUGCGAUGAGGCCAAAGCAGUUGACAUCCCUCACAUGGACAUAGAAGCUCUAAAGAAGCUCAACAAAAACAAGAAGCUGGUGAAGAAGCUGGCUAAGAAGUACGAUGCCUUCCUGGCUUCCGAGUCCUUGAUCAAGCAAAUUCCUCGAAUCCUGGGCCCAGGCCUGAACAAAGCUGGGAAAUUCCCUUCUCUCCUCACCCACAAUGAGAAUCUGGUGGCUAAGGUGGAUGAGGUCAAAUCGACCAUCAAGUUUCAGAUGAAGAAGGUGCUCUGUCUGGCUGUGGCUGUGGGUCACGUGAAGAUGACAGAGGAUGAGCUUGUCUACAACAUCCACCUGGCCAUCAACUUCCUGGUGUCCCUGCUGAAGAAGAACUGGCAGAACGUGCGAGCUCUGUACAUCAAGAGCACCAUGGGGAAACCCCAGCGCCUCUACUAAAGGGGGGAAGCAAUAAAUUCUGCAGACACCCACA